UAUCAAGCCGCGACGCGGAUCUCGCUGGUGUCUUCCUUCGCCUGCUCCCUGUUCCUGGGCCGCAUAGCUCCCAUCGACUUGUCGGACGGCUCGGGGAUGAAUCUGCUCGAUAUACACUCUUUGAAGUGGGAUGAGAAGGCUUUGAAGGCGUGUGGAGACGAGACUCUGGCCCAGAAGCUAGGCGAGCCGAUAGCGACUGCUAGCGACCUGGGCGUCAUCUCGCCCUACUUCGUGGCGCGCUACGGCUUCCGCGCCGAUUGUCGCGUGGUGGCUUUCACUGGAGACAACUGCUCUGCGUUAGCAGGUCUCCGCCUCCGCACCGGCUGGGUGGGUCUCAGCCUGGGCACCAGCGACACGCUGCUGCUCGGGCUCCCCGCGCCCGCCGCGCCCCCCGCGGGACACGUCCUCGUGGGGCCCACGCACGAUGCCCCCUACAUGGCCCUACUGUGUUUCGCUAACGGCUCGCUGACAAGGCAGAACCACCGCGAUCGCUUGGCUGGACCCAGCUGGGACGCCUUCAAUGAUUUGUUAAGAGCGACUGUUAGAGGCAACAUGGGAUAUAUGGGCGUUUACUUUGACACCGCGGAAAUAGUCCCACGGGCGGCGCCGGGCCGCUGGCUUCGGGACGCGAACGGGCGCGCUAUUGACCGCUUAGCGCCGCAGUUUGAAGCGCGCGCGCUACUAGAGGGACAGGCUUUAGCGCGCCGCGCGCACGCUGAAGAUAUGGGAUUCACGCUGGACUCUUCGUCGCGGCUGGUGGCGACAGGCGGCGCGUCCGUCAACAAGGAACUCCUUCAAAUCUUCGCUGAUGUCUUCAACACGCCCGUUUAUGUUCAGGAUCACCACGCGAACGCAGCUCUGCUGGGAGCGGCCAUCCGUGCGGCUGACGUGUGGAGCACGCGCACCGGCACCAAACUGCCCGGCUCGGAACUGUCAGUGUCUCCCGCGGCCACGCCCUACGCCGACCACGACGCCAUCUACACGCCGCUGCUCGCGCGCUACCGACAAUUAGUGGCUGAGAUACCCAAGCUCGGCGACUGAGCUGACCCGCUAUUUGGGUAGUUGACACCGUUAUAGCUUGACCACAAGACCAGUAGCCUCGUUCACGUAACAAAACUUCAACGACAACAAAUCGCUGAAUGCAAUCCUAUCGAGUAAUCGUUCAAUCGAAAUGACCCUUAUGAAUACGAAUUUAGAACUGUUUUUCAAUGGGACGACUUGUGAACGUCAGCGAGAUCUUGACUGUCAAAAUACGUGAAUUAGGCUAUGGCUGGGGCCGCUCUUGUAUUUAGUGCGCGAUCAAAUGCGUAUUGCAGAGAGCACGCUUCGUUUCAUAAUUUAGCCGUGGACAUCUAGCAAAGAAUCAAUAUCCCGCGUAUGUAACACGAAAUAAAAACUCCAGAAAGUCAGCCCAGAGCGGCAUAGCUCUAAUGGUCAAGCUAACCGUAGACCGUAGUAGCGCUCACCAGUUGGCACUGGCAUAUGGCAGGACUGCAUUCGCGCAUUCGCCAGGGUUGCCAACUAGUGAGUAAAUGCGAUAGCCUUCAUUGACGUCCUUACAAACCGUCCAACCGAGAUUCAUAAAUGACGAUGAUAGAGUAAUUGAUUUAUUGGUGUCUCCUACCCAGUUCAUUCGUCAUUUAAGUAGCUUUCAAUUUGACAAUCACUGUUCAUCCAUCGCUGGCUCAUAGAGACAAUCCCAGUGAUUUGUGUCGCUGCGGCAGUGGAUGUAAAGUGACGUCACAACUACUAACAUAUAACUGGGUACUAUGCCACUUUGUAAAACGUUUCGUUUCUCUGUUCAACCGAUAGUCGUCAUUCGCUAGAGUAGGGUUUGAUACGAGAGUCACGAUGUCGAUUUGCAAAGUAGACCCACUUAUUAGUCGCAAUUUUCAUUAAUUACGAUAUUUUUAAUUUGAAUAGUUAUCUCACGCUGGCGUUAGAUGACAAUCGUUUCACGCCUAAGCUUACAGUGAAAUUAUCAUAAUAAUUAUUUAAUUUGAAAUUACAGGUCGAACGAAUGAACAAUCGAUAGACAAAAUGUUACAUUCGUUCAAUCCAAGUUAACAUGAAAUACGUAGGUAUAUGCUUUUUUGUAUUUAGAUAGUUAAUACUCUGAA